AUGACACUGGAUAAGCUCAUCGACAAGCUGUUUGCGUUGGCAGUUCUGCGGCCGCACAAGCGCUUCGCUUCUACUGGCAGCCACAAUUCUGAUCACCAACGUUUCCGGUUGGAAAUUACGCUGGCACUCUUCAAGCCGCGCGCGAAACAGUUUAGUCCUGAAGGAGAACGGGUAACCUUGGUACUAUGGUCUAUAGUACAAAUAAGGAAAUCAGCUAAACAAAAGCUUCCACUCGAUUUUCCUUGUUUUUAUGGACUUAUUUAG